UCGUUAUUAGUAUUAAGAAUGAUAGCAUCAAAGGAUGUUGUGAAUGUGAAACAUGGAGACACGAGAUCGGAGGGAAGUGAUCGCUUUCCUCGAAUAGUAAUUAUAAUAAUAAUGGCUGAGUUCUGCGAACGAUUUUCCUACUCUGGUAUGAAAGCUUUCCUCACGUUAUACCUGCGCAGUAAACUCGGAUAUUCGGAUGAAAGUGCAACGGAAAUUUAUCACGUAUUUAGUACAUUCGUAUACUUUUUCCCGAUCCUCGGCGGAAUAAUUGCGGAUAACUAUCUCGGUAAAUUUCGGACAAUCCUCUACUUGAUGUUCGUCUACGCGGGUGGGAAUAUUUUGGUCGCUAUAACUGCAAUACCUUACCUUGAAAUACCGAAAAGAUUAUGUACAUUACUCGGCCUAUUUCUAAUAACAUUAGGUACUGGAGGUAUAAAGCCAUGCGUUACCGCUUUCGGAGGUGACCAGUUCAUCCUCCCACAGCAAGAGAAAAAACUUGCGUUGUACUUCAGUAUAUUAUAUUUUAAUAUAUGCACUGGAAGUUUGAUCUCUAAAACGGUGUCUCCUAUAUUAAGAUCAGAUGUCCGUUGUUUUGGCGAUAAGGACUGUUAUUCCUUGGCGUUUGGCGCUCCAGGUGUGAUCGUGUUGGUUUCCAUUGUGAUUUUUGUCAGUGCUAAGAAUAAAUACGUCAUGAAGAAACCGGAAGGGAACCUGUUGUUCGACUUUGUUAAAUGCGUUUCAUUGGGACUUAAAAACGCUCUAAUAAAAGGUAAAACUGAGAAACAUUCUCAUUGGUUGGACAGCACGCAACACAGAUAUGACAAGCGUUACAUAAGGGACGUGAAGAAAACUCUAUCAAUACUGACGUUGUUCACUGUAUUGCCGGUUUUUUGGGCGCUGCUUGAUCAAUUGGGUUCAAGAUGGACGCUUCAGGCUACUAAGAUGGAUGGUCGCCUUGGCUUCGUGACAAUCAAGCCGGACCAAUUACAAGUGCUGGGUCCUAUAUGCAUACUUAUAAUAAUACCACUAUCACAAAAGUACAUCUACCCUUAUUUAGAAAAACGUAAUAUUUUAACAAAUCCGCUUCACAAACUGACAUUGGGAGGUGUUCUAGCUGGCGUCGCGUUCAUUGCCUCUGCUCUCGUCGAGAUUUAUAUCAAGACUACGUACCCAGAAUUACCUCAACUUGGUUAUUCUCAAUUACGUAUAUUCAAUGGCAAUCCCUGUUCUAUAUCCAUACACAGUGAUCAACAAGGAAUCAUUUAUAACAUUCCAUCUCUAUCGCACUAUACAAAUAAACACAUGCGAGUUAAAGGGACAGAAGAUAUACGACUCGGCUUAAGUGGUGAUUGUAUUGAGAACAGGGAUGAAAUAUUCACAUUGAACGAGAAUAAAGCGAUAUCUUUCUUUGUAAAUGGUAACAAUAUGGUUAGAUUCAAUGAAAAUGUGGAUAAAAGCAAAUCUGGGUUGCCGUUUGUUAGAUUUCUCGUUUCUGAUCGAGUUGAUUUAACAAACGUAACUCUCUUCAAUGAGAAGCGUAAUGAAAUUGAAGCGUACAUUUACGCUGGUGUGAGCGUACAAAUGGAAGUGUUUAUGUCAGUGUACUCUGUACGCGUUAGAGAUAAAGUGGUGAUGAAUGGGAUGUCGAUGGACAAUGGCGGUGUUUAUAAUGUGAUGAUUGACAAGAACGGUACCAGUGAUUAUAUAGCAAAAAUAAUAGCGAUAACGGAACCGAACUCCAUAACAAUGGCGCUAUUGUUACCUCAGUUCCUGAUCAUAUCAAUUGCUGAGGUGUUAUUCGCGGUGACGGGUAACGAAUUCGCGUUCAAUGAGGCGCCGGAGAGCAUGAAGGCGGUGAUGACAGCCGUUUGGUUGUUGACAGAAGCGGCUGGAAAUGUUAUAAUAAUCAUUAUAACAAGACUCUUCAUUAAUUAUAAGCAGGAAACACAAUCCUUUAUUUUCACUGGGAUGAUGUUCACUUCGAUAGCAGUAUUCCACUUCAUGUCGCGUAACUAUCAGUUCGGCUUCACGGACGAGGUAGUGAGGAAAGAACGUAGAAGUGACAGUGAAGUGUUGUACCAACAAGUGAAGCAAGCUGAAGACUGUUUAGAACAUUGAUUGUCCUUAUUUAUUGAAAUUAUGACAUAUGUAAAUAUAUUUUUUAAUUAUAUUAUCAUUGUAUUAUUUCUUUAUUAAUAUAUAACUUUU